AUGGCACACAACCCCGCCUGCUCCGUGGAUGUCUACGCAAUCAUCGUCCUUAACCGCUAUCUAGCGUCUGUGACCUCUGUUGGCCUCAUCAUGGUCUGCGCGGUUGGGGCGUCAAUCACGUGUUCAGCGACAUGUCAGAGCAACUCUCUGGCCAGAACCCUGACUAUGUGCGCUUCAGAUUUUGGAAGAACACUGUUGUCCACGUUAUAUCAUACACUUCCAAAUUAUAAAGCAUUCUUGUUGUAUGUGUCCCAGGUUUUAUUACCACUAGAACAUGUUGACCUAAUUGUCCAUGAUUUUGAGAGAACACUAUUGUCCAUGUUAUAUCGUAUACUUCCAAAUUAUAAAGAGUUCUUGUUAUAUAUCCUGCCCACCUUGAAGUCAUAA